AGUGAAAAGCUAGGACCCAAAACAACUCUUCUGCUCCAAGUCGCGGUUACCCGUAACCAUGGAGACCAGGGACCAGAGUUGGGCCUUGGGGUCUGGAUGAGGGCUGGGGUGGAGGUGGAAGGGUCGUGCAGCCUGCACUGCACCACGAAGGCCUCCCCUGCAACCCCGCGGCGACAGAGCCGAGCCUCCCGCCACCCCGCGGCCACCAGCUGCGCCCUCCCACCGCGUCCUCCGGGCUCCGCCCCGCCCCGCGCCCCGGAACCCAGCUGAGGGCCCCGGGCGCGAGCCGCAGAGCCGACCGCGGGGACCCUCGCAGGAGGGCGGCGAGGCAUGGCGACGCGGGCCCGCGGCUUCUUGCUGCUCCAGGGCCGCCUGGGCCGAGGGCCUCCGCGGGCCCCGGGGGUGGCCGGGCGCGCGUGGCGGGCCUUCGGGAGCAGCGGCUGGAGCCAUGAAGCCAUUAUCAUCUCGGGCACCGAAAUGGCCAGACAAAUCCAGAAAGAGAUACAGCAAGGUGUGGAAUCGUGGAUUGCUCUUGGGAACAGGAGGCCUCACCUCAGUAUCAUUUUAGUCGGAGAUAACCCAGCAAGCCACACCUACGUCAGGAAUAAGAUAAAAGCUGCUUCUGCUGUAGGUAUCUGCAGUGAGCUCAUUCUAAAGCCCAAGAAUGUUUCCCAGGAGGAACUUUUGGAUAUCACCGACCAGCUGAACAUGGACCCGAGAGUCAGUGGGAUAUUAGUCCAGCUGCCACUUCCAGACCACGUGGAUGAGAGAACAAUAUGCAAUGGAAUUGCCCCAGAAAAAGAUGUGGAUGGAUUUCAUAUUAUCAAUAUUGGAAGACUGUGCCUUGAUCAGCAUUCUCUGAUACCUGCCACUGCCAGUGCUGUUUGGGAAAUAAUAAAACGAGCAGGAAUUGAAACUUUUGGGAAGAAUGUGGUCGUGGCGGGAAGAUCCAAGAACGUGGGCAUGCCAAUCGCCAUGCUGCUGCACACGGAUGGAGGGCACGCGCGUCCCGGAGGUGACGCAACAGUGACAAUAGCUCACAGGUACACUCCCAGAGAACAACUGAAGGUCCACACUCAGCUGGCGGAUAUUAUCAUAGUGGCUGCAGGAAUCCCCAGGCUGAUUACGGCUGACAUGGUUAGAGAAGGCGCAGCAGUAAUUGAUGUGGGUAUCAACUAUAUCCAAGAUCCUAUGACAGGAAAGACAAAACUAGUAGGAGAUGUGGACUUUGAAGCUGUGAAGAAGAAAGCCAGCUUUAUCACUCCUGUCCCGGGAGGGGUGGGGCCCGUGACCGUGGCCAUGCUUCUGAAGAACACACUUCUGGCUGCGAAGAACAUUGUCUACUAGACCAUACAGGAAGCACACAAAACGAAUGCUGCUGCCUAUUUAUUUGUCAACAGGCAACAUCCUUUCUAUUUUACUACAAAGUUAUUUAUUUCUACAUUGUAUUUAUUUUUUCAUGAGUAGAAUCAUUGUGGAACUGAUUAUUUUCACAACUUUCUGGAUUUCUUGCUAAUAGAUUUUGAGUUAAAAAAAACAACAAAAAAACAACAAAUCCCAAUGACAACUUUGGUAACAAUUCUUUAUUUUAUGGAUAUUUGAUCAUAAUGUUUAAAAAGGAGAAUUCAUGCUUAAUAAAUAUAUUUUUGACAUAAC